CAUCAGAUUUUAAACAAUUGUUUAAAAUCUGAUGCAACUUUAAUUAUUAUUUAAUAUAAAAAGACUCCUUUAGAUUUUAGUAUAUACGCAAAUCUGUUAAAAUAAAUUCGAUUAUUGCAUUUACUUGGCAAUCGUUUUAGUUGUAUCUAUACAAUUUAUAUUUAAAUAAACAAAUUGCACGAGUUGAAACGUUUUAUCUUUUGAGUAUAAAUUUUACCGGAUACAUUUUAGAUACAUUAAAAUUUUUAUUUGUAUGUGACUAACCCACGCUAAUUGAGGUAGUUCUACGAUACAGCAGCUGAUAAAACAUUAUUUAUUGGGUUCGUAAAAGUUUUUGCUUUUCUUUUAAAAAAUUGUUUUUUAAGUUUUGAACAUGUUUUUCACACUGAAAAAAUGUUGGAAAAAAAUGCUUUCAAGAGAUCUUAUAAAAUUAACAUUACGUGAAACGUUACGUGGAACUAAAAACUGUUUGUCUGAAAAAUCAUCGACUUCAAGAGAUUUUUUAACAGAAAAGUUAACUCAUGAUAAUUUGGAGAGUUUGAUAGUUAAAGAAUCCAUUGACGCCAUCGUAAUUCCAAAGUAUUGCAGUCCAUCUUUAUGCAAAGUGUUAAGCUCGUAUAUGUUAAACUCAAAAAUAGAGAGAUAUGAUCAUGAAAUCUAUAAUACAGAUACGCGCAAAAUAGAAACAGUAUAUGCAGGUGUAGAUCGAGUUGGGCUUCCCUUUAACAAAGUGUUUUCGGAGACGGACAACCUAAAGAAAAUCAGAAUCAGAGAUGACUAUUACAAACUUGCCAAAAAACUUAUGAAAAACUUUCGUGAAGUUUGUGGUGAUUUUAUUUCACCAAUUGAUCGUCUCAGACUCGAAUUAGAAGAUGCAUUUUCUGAAGGAGCUAGAGUCGGAAGAUUUGAAGGUAGACAAAUGUUGUGCGGAAUUGGAAGAGUUUCCGACCCUGCUUUAUCUUUAGGUGGUGAACAGCCUCAUUUUGACAUGUUACCUGAAUAUAUUUACCCAUUAGAGAAACAGUUUGCCGCAAACAUUUAUUUAAAAGUUCCAAAACAAGGGGGGAUGCUUAAAAUAUGGGGUAGAAAAACAUAUUCAAGAGAAAAAAUAAUGGAAUUGUCUUUGGACAAAAAUAUUGUCAAAGAUGAAGAAGAGCCUGUUGAAAUUUCACCACAAGAGGGAGACUUAAUAAUUUUUAAUACUCGCAGACCCCACGCUGUAACUCGAUUCGACAAUGACUUUCGCAUAUCGCUACAAACAUUUAUUGGCUAUAAAACUGGAGAGCCACUUUUUUUGUGGAAUUAAUUCUGUAUUUAAUAUAAAUUUUAUACAUUUUUUUUUAUAUGA